AUGUGAAGAGUAAAACGUUCGGAUUUUAACGUAUCUGGCGAUAGGUUAGCACCUCGUUCCGAACAGGUUUCGCUUGGCUUUGAGUUUCACAUCCUUUCAGUGUAACUUCUUAGUUGUCUAUGGCAGCAUUGGAAUCUCGAAAGUGUGGGUUUUUCUUUGAACGAACCCAGUCUUAAAUAGCUUAAACAACUGUUCGUUCGCUCUUCCGGCGAAUUGACAUAGUGUAAUUCUCUUAGUGCCGGGAAAAAUAUUUCCUAUCUCGUCGAUUCGUCGCGAUGUUACAGUCAUCGAUAAGGAUUUAUAUCAAAGCGGAAGAGAGGUGAAGUUUUCUUCGACACUAAGAAACAACAAAAGAAGUCUGUUUUGAGCGAAAACAGAGACAGUAAGCGAAACCGAUCAAAGAUGGCGGCCACGAAGAUAAAUUUUGCCGUACGAUCUGAUCACGAAGUUAGUCAAACAUCAAAGAAAGUUACUUUCUUUAUCAACGGGGAUCGUAACUUUAAGGGCCAAGUCAUGGUAAUUACUCCAAGGCGAUUUCGAAACGUGGACAUGCUUUUGAAUGAGUUGUGUCGUCUGACGCACUUCAAAGACUUACCCCUGGGAGUCCGGUAUCUAUUUUCCCUUGAGAGUGGCAUCAGGGUUGACACAUUGGAUCAGUUAAUUGACGGGAAAGCUUACGUAUGCUCUUCACACUCAAGCCUAAAGAAGAUUUCAUACGGAGGAAAGCCUGCCAUCGCCAUCUGGAGCUCAAAACAACACAUCGAUCUUCCUGAUAUCCAAGGUAUGCAUCACAGCGAGCCAAAACGCCGGCCUGUCGGUGUUACGCCGGUAAGAGGUGGUGUAUCUUCGAGGAGACGGGGUUACUCCGACCCAAGAUCAAAUCCAGGAGACAACAAUCGGUUGAUCAUCAAACCUAAAACAGUUCAGGUGAUUAGAAAUGGGUCGCAGAAACCCCGUCCGGUAGUAACAGUUCUUUUAAACAAAAGAACAGCGCAGAAUUUAGAGCAAGUUUUGGACGAAGUAAGCAAUUCGUUUGGAAACACUGGUGGUCUUAGCCCACCGCGGAAACUGUACUCAACAUCGGGUCACCAGAUUCGCGAUGUGGUUGAGUUAUUUCGGGACGAAAACAAUAUAUUUAUAGCCGUUGGAAGCGAGAAAUUUAGCCGUGACGACAUCACGGAUAUCAUAGAGGAUUUUGAGCAGAGGAACUCGAAAAAAGAAAAUGCGAAACGAAAACAGUCGAGAAGUGGUAACGAUGGAAUGUCACAAUCAAAACAAAGAAAUACCAAAGAACACGAGCAGCUGGUCGGUAAAUCUGUUCACAAAGCCGAGGAAAACAAGCUGCCUAGGCUUCCAGACAUACAUGAAAAGGUCGAUAAUAAACAAAGGCCGGAGAACAAUAACAGAACACACUUGCAAGGAAACUCAAACCCGAAACGCGUUCAUCGUGCUAAAAAUGUGCAUGAAAGAACUGCCGAGAAAAAGCCUGCAAACUCUGUAAAGUUGCCCCAAAUCGGGAACGCUAAUUUAGUUUCAAAUUCGGAAAAGGAGAAUGUAGAAAACCGAGACGUUUCUCGAACGAACAACGAAGAAAAUGACCGAGUUAACGAAUCGAAUAAGCCAUACAACGUACGCGGAGAAGACGCGACUAAACCCAGUAGAAAAGUGUCCGUAAGUAGAAAACGUGAAAACGAUAAAGUUGACAGAAAAACCUCAAAGGAUGACAGUGGAAUAACAUCAGAAGAGGAGGCAAAAUAUGGUACUGUUACAGACAAAACUGUAGAAGAUGUCUACGACAUGGGCAAGAAAAUCGGAGACGGGAAUUUUGCUGAUGUUCGUGUUUGCAGCGAUAAGAUAACCAAGAAAGAAUUUGCGUUAAAAAUCGUCGACAAGGCAAAAAUAAGAGGGAAAGAACAAAUGAUUCGGGACGAAAUAGACAUCAUGAGAAGAUGUAAGCACCCGAAUAUUGUACGAAUGUACGAAGAUUACGACUCAACCAGGCAUAUUUAUCUUGUUAUGGAGUUAAUCAAGGGAGGUGAUCUCUUCGAUGCAAUUUCAUCGUCGGUCAAGUUUACCGAAACUGUCACCAAAAAUUACGUCAAAGACAUCGCAAGGGCACUAGCUUAUUUACACAAGAGAAAGAUUGUGCACAGAGACUUGAAGCCUGAAAAUUUGCUGGUCCACAAAAAGCCCAGUGGUCAAGUAAUUCUUAAGCUGGCUGAUUUCGGGUUAGCAAUGGUCGUCAAAGCACCGAUCUUCACAGUUUGUGGCACUCCCACAUAUGUAGCACCCGAAAUCCUUGAAGAGACUGGAUACGGGCUCAAGGUAGACAUGUGGGCCGCGGGUGUCAUCACCUACAUCAUGCUCUGUGGGUUCCCGCCAUUCCGCAGCGCCAAGAAAGACCAGGAUGAACUAUUCGAUCUGAUCAUGGACGGGGACUACGAAUUCCUCUCACCCUACUGGGAUAACGUCUCCAGCGAAGCUAAAGACUUAAUUUCCAAGCUCCUUGUCGUGAAUCAUAACAAGCGUUACAGCGCUGAGGAAGUGUUAGCUCACCAAUGGGUGGGAGGCCCUGCGGACGUCUCUCUAAGUAGGGAGUAUCUUGGUCAGAAUCCCGCCGCUAAGAAGAAGUUUAAAGCUGCUGCAUUGGCCGUCCAGGGAAUGAAGAGAUUUGAGAACUUGGCGGAGCAGUUCCAGCGUCAACGAGGGGAGAAGAUUAUCAUCACGUGACAAGUUGGAAUCUAAUUUGCUACUGUCUGGUCAAUUCAUUCUCAGCACUAAUUGGCGGAAAAGGUACAGGAGACGAGGUAGACCCCAGUGGCAUUAAAUAUGACGCACAGAAACAUAGUAAACUUUUGAAAUGAAAACAAACACACAAACAAAACUCACCUUGAUCAUACAUAGCUUGCGCAGAAGAUCAACUUUUUCCCGCAAUCUCCUCGUGUAACUUUGUCUGAGUCCGUUGGAGAAUUGAGCAGUUUUUUAGAACAUUUAAGAGUCGAUCCAUGUGGCGGGCUACUUGAAGCAUUCGAAUUAAGUUAUUUCAUCUAACGAUUUAUAAUCCGAUUUGUUAUAGUCUUUGCAUGGUUCUUGGGAACUUCUCACUUCGUUCUUACUCAGGAAAUUGUUCGUUUGUAGUUACCAUUAGUGAAACGAUUGUUUCUAUUUUGACAUCGCAAACCAAAUCUCAGUUUGAUUUGACCGAGGCAUGGUUAGUUAAUUGUUGGAUAUUGAAGCAAGAUAAAGAAAAUUACAUACUUAUCAAUCGUACAAUCCAUAUAUGAUAGUUAAUCGAUACUCAAUUCUCAAUCUUUAUAACUAACGUAUUCAUAAUUAUUUCAUACUAGUGCAUUAUAAAUAGUAUUUAAACGUUUAUAAAUCUUUUCGUAUAGAAAAUGUCGAGCAAAUAUUUUCAAUAACUUAGCAACAUGAUCUCGCAAAUAGUAAUUAUUUGAAAUGUGUGAGUGAUCAUCUUACAAUAGUAUCGAUUGAUUACUCCAAGAUAUCUGAUAUGAUUUUCUGUGUUCCUAUCCUUCUCUGAAUGAACUCGUUCUGUCUUUUGUAAGACUUGUUACUCACCGUCAAAUUUGGCAUCUUUAUUGGAAACAACAUUUGUUUUCAGAAACUUUCAUAAAUUAGCAAAGCAAUUUUUAAGAAAAUUUGAAAUUACUAUUUGAAUACCCUGAUUUUUGGAAUUUAAAUUAUAAGCAUAUCAGAAUUUUAAAGCUCAUGAAAGUGUAUCCUCUAUUGUACGAACAGAACUUAAGGAUGUAUAGUUGUUGGGGCAUGAUCAAUGAUGCAAAUGUGGGUGAUAGUUGUGCAAAUUAAAAUUGAUUGAUCAUUUA